AUGUAUACCUUCCUGGUGACAGUCCUUCUCAUGGGAAUAGUAAAGAAGAACUCCCUAAGAGAAUACUGGAGCACAGAUCCUAUGUUUGCAACUCCCUUCUUUGCCUCCCUCUUUUCCCAAGAUCGCUUCCUAGUUCUGCUGCGAUGCCUGCAUUUUGUCAACAAUGCUACUGCCAUCCUAAGUGACCCGUUAUACAAAAUAAGAACUGUUCUUACCAGCCUGACAUCAGCAUUUGGUCGGGUCUUUGUGCCAUACAAGGACCUAUGCAUUGAUGAGUCCCUGAUGUUAUGGAAAGGCAGGCUAGCGUUCCGUCAAUAUAUUCCCUCCAAAAGGCACAGGUUUGGAGUCAAGUUCUUUGUCAUGUGCGACGUGAAGACAGGAUUUGUCCAGGAUAUUAUAGUUUAUACAGGGUCCACCACUGACAUCAAACAUUAUGAGGGGCUUGGGGUGUCAGGGUCCGUGGUGAUGACCAUGCUGGCUCCUCAUCUCGGCAAGGGACACACUUUGUACGUGGACAAUUGGUACAGCAGUCCCACACUCUUCCAGCAUCUGCUCUCCAACAGCACAGGGGCCUGUGGCACAGUCAGGUCGAACCGGAAGGGGAUGCCGGCAUUCGGAUGCAGGAAGAUGCAGAGAGGGGAGGUGGAGUUCCAGGAGAACGGUCAACAGCUGGCAGUAAAGUGGCAUGACAAGCGAGACGUCCAUGUCCUCUCUACUGUCCAUACAGCAACCAUGUCGGCCACAGGGAAGGUGGACCACCUGACCUGA